AACAGAAUACUUCGACAUUCUAGAUUGCUAAUCCGUCACAAAUUCCUCAGCCCUGUCAGAAUCCAGAAGGGAAUCUUGGCCUUCAACAUGGGAAGUUUCCCUAUUAAGGAACUGUAUCUUCCUGAGAUUAUCUAGUGUCCUUAAAGGAUCAAGAUUGGGUCGGGCACACAGUGUGUGCUAAGAAAAGAAUAUUUUAUUGACUUAAAUUCUCAUAGAAUGUGAAUUACUUAGAGACGCUGACUUUAAGCCUCAGUGAAUACUUGCUGCAAGUUGGUCCAGUUCUCAGUGAAUAGCCAUGGGCCCAAAGAAAUAUACCAAGUUUCAUGAUAACAGACCAUCAAAGACUGCGGGAAAUGUCUCUAUUAAAUUUCAGAAAAAAAUAGGUCCAGAUGGUGACGAGAUAUAUGAUACGACAGGGCAAUCAAAAUUUGUCCUUAAGAACCUCAGACACUACACAGUCCAUCCAAAUAUGGCCAAGUACUAUGAGCCUUUGAAGCCCAGUAAACUGCAAAGAUUCCUGACUCAAAGGAAUAAAAUCAAUAGUUUCAUGAUGAAAGUGGCAGAGUAUGAUCAGGAUAUGACCUUACUGCUCAUGACCAACAACCCACCUCCCUGCUCUGUGGGCCAGGAGGAAAACGACGGUGCUCCAAAAUACUUUCCUCCAGAAUUCCAGCUCAAGGAAACUUGCCAUCAGCACAAACCCACCAAGAACUUCUGCCUUCUCACAAUGCCUCAGGAAAAGAAGUUAAGACCAGAUCUGAAGUCAGUCUUCCCUCUGAUCCGGAUAGGUGACCCUACAGCCAAGGGACAGCAGUGGUGUAGGAGGAGAGUUUAUCUCAUCUUGAGAAGACAGGGGAUUCUGGAACUAGCUGAAAGGUUUUCCACUGAGAAUGAUUUCAAGACCGAAGGGAGGUAUUCUGAAAUCUAUGCUUUGAGGAAACAGAAAAAAAUGUAUCCUAAGCUCAUCUUCGCUCCAGUCUGCCAGAGAAGGGCAAAGGAAGACGCUUCCAAGAAGUCAGAGGGUGAGAAGCCAACUUCGCAAGUGCCCUGGGAACCACUGACAUUUUCAAAGCUCCUGGAAGAGAAGCCCACCAGAUGUGUGCCAGGAGAUAGCGUCUUUCGCUAUGGGAGGGCCCAGCAGUGGGUUAUCAAGAAUGCCGCUGUCAUUAAGUGAAGGCAAAUCCUUCAAGUCCAACUCCUGGCUCUCCAAGAAACUGAGGAGGCCUAGAGAAGUCACCAACCAAAUAAAGUUCCACACUUGCUGCCUCAAA